GUUAAUAACUGGUUUAGGAAUACGCGUUUUUCAACAAGCAAAACAGUGUCUUCAAAGGAAGAUGUUGAGAAGUUAAGAACAUGUAAGGAACGUGAAGGUGAGACAUCUGUUGCUGGAAGUAGCAAACAAACCGAACCAGUCACAGAGAAUAAGAGUGGAGCAACGGAGUCAACUAGUACUGGAUCAAGAAAAAGAAGGAGAAGAAGGUAGUGGGAAAUGAAGAAGGUGCUGAGAGUAUACGGCGGCGUUUUGAGGCUAGUGCGGCUUUUGCCGGCGGACACAAGGCCCUACUACGCCAAAUACGCGAGGGAGAAUUUCGUUAACUACCGUGACGUCGAUGUAAGCGAAACACCCCUUGAUGAACUCUUCCAACGAGCUUAUAAUCACUCACUAUGGGUACUCAAAAAGUAUUCAAUCGACGAAUCUGCUGCCAAGAAGCUAAAAGAGAUUUGUUUUGAAUGAUCACGCACACCACCUGUUCGACGUCAUUCCCCUAAGAGAUUUCGACAAGUUUUUUCCUAAGGUUUCAGUGAUUUGUUAAACGGUACCAUCAGUUAUACUACUUUUGAUCUUAGUGUAAUAGCUGUAUCAAGAACAGAGGUUGCUCAUGUGUCUUUUUCUUUCCUUUUGUUUCUCUUGACUUUUGCUGCAGGCAUUUGUUGACUGCUCAAUCAGUCAUGUCUUGUUUGAGUAGUUUCUUGUUUGUUUGCUUCAUCCUCAAUAAAUUGAUAUAAUUUUACAUUUUUAUAGUCAAAAACAUCCCAUUACUUGACAAGAAAUAAUAUCAUCCAUUUUUAGUAAUGAAAGAAACUCAUCAUAGCGAAGUGGCAGUGAUGUAAUAACGAAGGAGAGAGUAGGGAUUGUUUGGGUACGAGUGAUUCAUCAUGUAGCUAAGGACAAUACACUGUGACGGUAGAGUAUUAGAGCAUCUUUAUCGCAAGUUUUAAUGACGCCUCUUAAAGCAAAUUUAUUUAAAAAAUUAAUAAAAAAAAAGAAAAGCAUAGACUCGCCUCUUCCGUAAGGCGUAGAAGGUCCGCCUCUUAGUUGCCACGCGUCAAGCGUAGAGACGCUCUCUCUUCGGUUACAAACGCGUUCAUUCUCUCUUGCUUCCUCUGGAAUCUCUCGUCAGCUCUAGAGCAUCAGAUGAAUUGUCUUCUCUCUUCCUCACUUUUGAUUGAUAAUACUCAUGAUUGGAAGUACAAGCAGAGAGGCCCUUUGGGUAUUGUAUGUUUCAAUUGAAUCAAUAUUCUCUCUGAUGUUUUCCUUGAAUCAAUAGAGAGGAGGAGGGAAGGAUAAUGGAGAAGCAGAGCACAGAGCGAAGAUCCUUCUUCUUCCGAGAGGUUUUGUUUUGGUGUGUAGUGAGCUAGAGAGUCAAAAAACAAUGUUGUUUUGGUGCUAUGGAGCUUCUCUUAGCUGAUGGUGUCCCUUUUCAGAAGUCUUACUUUAAGUGUUCUCGCUGCAAAUCCACCCUUCAAGCUACACAAUUGAGGUAUGUUCUUAAGCAGCGUGAUAGGUAAUUAUCUAGUGUUACAUGAGAGUGGAGCUUUACUAACAUAGCAAUGGUGGUAGUUUGAACUCUUUGUGCAGCGGAACUAAGACAGUGCGUAGGUCUUGUUGAAUUGUUCUUUGGUGAAUUGCAAAACUUUGAAGUUAGGUGAUAUGUAUAGCCUUUGUACGUUGAGUUAGAGAAAGGUUAUAUUAUCAGAAACUUGUAUAAAUGAUAUGGAUAAUAAAAGUGUAUUCACAAGAUCAAAUGUUCCUUCUCUAGUUCUUUCUUCCUU